AUGGAAGUUGCAAUUGAGCAAGCUGCUCAAUCACGUUCAAGAAGAAGCAAGUGGCAGUUUAUGGGGACAAGUGAUGCUGGUGCUAAAGAAGAGCUUCACCGGGAUUCAAAUUUAGAAUUACCACCUGCAGUCAGCUAUUUUGGAGAUGAGUAUACAUUCAAUCUAGAGACACAAGAAAUGCUAGUUCAUUCCAAACGUCACUUGUUUUAUGCAGUAGUUUAUCUUCCUCAAAAGGUUUCUGAUUCUAUGUUAGUUUCUAGAACAACAUGGGAAGGUGGUCAAUACAAUAGGGAUGAAAAGAGUCGAUUGGAUGCUCUGUGUUUAGCAAUGGAGCUAGGAGCUGAUCACAUUGAUGUUGAGCUUCAGUUGUUGCAUCUGAUUGGUUAUAAUUUUUUUUUUUGGGUUUUGUUUUCUUCUUUUGUUCUCUUAUUUGGCUUGGUUUCAUCGGCUUCUGAUACACUCACAACGUGUCUUGCACCGCCUUUGUUAUCCAAUGGGAAGCUUACACAAUUGCUUCCAUUGCCUCACCUACCAUUCCUGUUUGUUCCAUCUCCCUCCACCCGCUUAUCUUCUUUUCCAAUCGUUAUUCCACCGUUUUCCCUCAAUCAAUUUCCCUCAACUAAUUCCACCUCCACUCCAUUGUAA